AGUCGCAGGAACGUUAAAUUACUCCCGUGGAAGUGUAUCAUCUUGAAAUAAUCUCGUGCAUAACGUUAAAAUGCGUCCUGUUUCACAGUUGAGACGGAUGGUGAGCGAUGGCGAGAAUACGGUGAUAGAUUUUUGGUGUUGAAUUUUGCUCCGUGUCAUCAGUGCUAUAGUUUUCGAUUACAUCCCCGAAGGACAGAAAUCGUUUCGUUUCGGUGAUUUACAUGUUUAUAACUUAAUCUUGGAUCACUUCGGAGGAUUAUUAUUGAGGAAAUAUUGUCAUUGACUGACCGGCUGAUAUUACACGAGGCUUGUAUGUAUAUGUGACUUCUGCCUUCUGCUAUUCGUGACACGCCUCAGAAAAUAAAGCUAAAUUUGUGAAUCGGAAUAUUAUUUUUCGUUGUUGUGUCGUUUUAGUGAUAUAGACAUUUUAAAAUUACGUAACUGUUGUGGAAUCUCAAAGUGUAUAAAGAAUGGCCUGAGUGUGACCACUCCAUUACCAUCAUGUGUGACGAAGGAAUGUUUGUUUAGGCUUCGAUACUGUGCUGCGACCUUCCGGGAGUGCGCGUUUGUCUCGUGAACCGGACUGGAUCAUGACUCUGCCCGAAUCAAAACAAACCUCGCAUUGAUCACAAUCGACGUAUUGUCAUUUGGGACAAUUUUAUAUCGCCAAAAUGUCUUCGGGAACGUUUGUGGACAGGAUUGAUCCUUUCGCCAAGCGGUCGCUGAAGAAGAAGACCAAGAAAUCGCAGGGUUCGUCGCGGUACCGUAACACGCAGGACGUGGAGUUGCAGGCGCUGCCACUACUCAAAGAUGUACCAAGCAGUGAACAAGAGGAGUUGUUUAUCCGCAAGCUGCGGCAGUGCUGUGUGGCGUUCGACUUUAUGGACCCAGUGGCUGACCUGAAGGGCAAGGAGAUCAAGCGCGCCACGCUCAACGAGCUGGUCGAAUACAUCACUGGCGGGCGUGGCGUGCUCACCGAACCCGUCUACCCGGAGAUUAUUAAAAUGAUUUCGGCUAAUUUGUUCCGCACCCUGCCGCCGAGUGAAAAUCCUGACUUUGACCCCGAGGAGGACGACCCGACACUGGAGGCUUCGUGGCCGCAUCUCCAACUAGUCUACGAGUUCUUCCUACGUUUCCUCGAGUCAACUGACUUUCAGCCUACCAUUGGCAAGAAGGUCAUUGACCAGAAAUUCGUAUUGCAGCUUUUAGAUUUGUUCGAUUCAGAAGACCCGCGCGAGCGUGAUUUCCUCAAGACGGUGCUGCACCGCAUCUACGGCAAGUUCUUGGGGCUGCGCGCUUUUAUACGGAAACAGAUCAAUAAUAUAUUCCUGCGAUUCGUUUACGAGACCGAACAUUUCAACGGUGUCGGUGAAUUGCUAGAAAUAUUGGGAAGUAUAAUCAACGGGUUCGCUCUGCCUUUGAAGAGCGAGCAUAAGCAGUUCCUUGUGAAGGUGCUAUUGCCGCUCCACAAGGUGAAGUGCCUGUCGCUUUACCACGCGCAGCUGGCCUACUGUGUCGUGCAGUUCCUCGAGAAGGACGCAACGCUUACGGAACCCGUCGUUCGCGGCCUUCUCAAGUUUUGGCCCAAGACCUGCUCACAGAAAGAGGUGAUGUUCCUGGGCGAGAUAGAAGAGAUAUUGGAUGUAAUUGAGCCGGCUCAAUUCGUCAAAAUACAGGAACCACUUUUCAGACAAAUAGCAAAAUGUGUAUCCAGUCCACAUUUUCAGGUGGCGGAGCGGGCACUUUAUUUUUGGAACAACGAAUACAUAAUGUCGUUAAUGGAGGAGAACAACCACGUAAUCAUGCCGAUUAUGUUCCCGGCGCUAUACCGGAUCAGCAAGGAGCAUUGGAACCAGACCAUCGUAGCGCUUGUCUACAAUGUGCUGAAGACCUUCAUGGAAAUGAACUCCAAGCUCUUCGAUGAGCUCACCGCCAGCUAUAAGGCGGAACGGCAGAAAGAGAAAAAGCGUGAGAAAGAGCGAGACGAGCUGUGGAAGCGACUGGGCGAGCUGGAGAUCACCCACAAGCGGCAGGUGGGAGCCGGUGCGCCGCUGGCCAAGUGAUGCCCCCUCUGAGUCGCCGCCCGCGCUCUACACUAAUGCGACACAUUUUAUUUUCACUUAUCUAUUCGUAUUUUCUAUUCGAUUACAUUUUUGUUAAUGACGUUAUUAAUUUUUUAUACCUCUAAUGACUCGUUCGUUCGGGUAUACCCUGAUGUCUCUGGAUUCGGUUCGCUCGGGAGCCGCCGUGGCCGCCGCGCCACCGUCGCGCCCGACCCGCGUUCGACGUAAUGUUUCGUACCUUCAUACAAAUUACUUAUAGUGCUAUCGAAUGUCCGCAUCCCGAAUGCGCCGUCAUUAUUGUACUAGUAUUUUAUAUACGUUUACAUAGGUAACUAGUUUACUUUAGGAAUUUUUUAAAUAUUGUUAAAUUGUUUAAAUAAGUUAAAAGUUGUAUGUAUUAUUGAUGCAUGAUCGAUCGUACCGCAUUUCGGAUCACCGAUAAUUGUAUUAAUCGGGCGCCCAGCUUUCGGCUGAUUAUUAUUGUACAAAAAUUAAUAGGGCAAUUGAAAUGUACUUUGUUUAGCGAGGGUUCCGAGGCGGCGGCGCUGCUUGGCUCUGCCCUCGUGGCUGGCCGACGAUAACGUUGCCGCAGCCGCGCCGCAACGGGGCCCGCCGUAGAUCGUUGUAUGAAAUUUUCAUUUAAAAUUAGAUGCUCGAUUCGAAAAUGUAAUUUCGUCGUACUAUCAUUUUGUAUAGUUACAUAGUGUAAAUAGGCAUUUAUUUAUUAUAAAUUUAUAGCAGUGUGAUUUUUAUACAUAGCUGCGGGAAUGGGACAUUGUAAUUGGGCAAAAUCGGUCAGAGCGAACUGGAGACUAUUCAUGUAUCAUGCAUACAGCUCGAUAAAACUAAAACGUUAAUUUGAUCAUAUUGGAGUAGAACAAUGCUAAAAGUAGAUAUAAUAAUUUGUAAGGGAAUAGUCAUUAAUUUGUAUGAUAUUACUGUAGCCAUUAAUUUUUCUAUCAUCACUUGUAGAGUGUGCGGGCGGGCCAACUGGCAGCCGGCGCCCGCGCCCGCGCCGCGCCUCUGUAUAUACCGGUACGCGACCUAGCGCUCUGCGUAUGUAUGUAUGUACACUAUGGAGAUGUUUGUUAUGUAAAAUGUAUUAACAUUGCAAAAAUUAUAUAUGAUCUUAUAUAUAAAUUACUAUUAUAGAAACACAGUAUGGAAAUAAAAAAGUUGACUCACAUGAAUUGAAUUGUUUAAG